CAAAGUACAUUCAAGAAAUGUACACUGACUUUGUAUUUUAGUCCUAGGGACUCUCAAAGUCAAUUUUAUUACAGAUAACUUUCCCAUCUAUAUAAGAAGUUUAAGGAUGAACCGUAAGUUACUUUAUGUUCGUUCGUGACGUUAACAUGUGCAUGUAUAUUUUGUGAAUGUAUUCUCGACAUCGUAGUGUCUAUCUCUUGAAAUACCAAAAAGUGUUUAUAUAUAUAACAUUUUUUUAAGCACUCUAUUGAGAAUUUGAUUAAUUGUACGUGUUAUGUAUUUUUAAUAAUAAAGUUAAUAAUAUGAGUAGUACAUCGCGUAAAGUGAGAAAUCCAUUGCUCUCAGCAGCUGGCAUGGGAUCACCUUUUGAAUAUUAUCCGGAAAAUGCUCUCCUUGUCCCAGUUACACCUGCAACACCUGCUGUUCUUCGAGACGAUGCUGAACUAGACAACUUCGUAGGACAAGAGACCAAUCAAUCUCAGAAUUCGUCAGUGAAUCAGACAGUUUCGAAGAACGAAUUGGAUGGUGAGAAUUUAUUGGUGAACAAAUCUGUUAAUUCAGAGGAGUCAAAGCUGCCGACAAAUCAACCAACGAAACAAGGUUACUUCACGUCGAUUCUAUCGUCUUUACCAAACUUGUCCCUGUCCUCGAUCAAAGCUGAUUCUUUGGGAAGUCAAGGAAGCCAAGGAGUCGAAAUCACCACUGGCAAACGAGAUAUAAAUCCUUACAGUGUACCUCAAAGUCGCAAUGGUUCAUUAUCGGAAACGUCGUCGUUUAUAGCGGCUAAUCCUCACGAUCCUUACGGUGUAAACCAAUCAGGAUCUGGUGAGGCUAAUAUAAGAGCUACUACUUCCGUUGCUCCUCCGCAACCAACUUUUCCCCCGACUAUACCAAUCUCAACAGGUCCCGUUUCUUAUCGACUUGGUAAUCAACGACGUUUGAAAUAUGCUCCACCCCCUGACUUAACAUCGAAUAAUACAAAACAAUAUCCGAAUCCACCUGUACCAGAUUUCUUCUCCCCUUCAAACGUACUAACACCAUCAAGUAUAUUAAAUCCAAAUACAGCAAACAUUGAACAACAAAUAUCAAACAAUAGUCCUGUACUAUCACAAACCUCUGUGAUCCCUCCUUCAGAACAAAUUGUGACACCCGAACAACGUUCACAAAGUACAUCCCUUCAUGGAUCGUUUAGGUCCAGUCCUUCGACGAUAGGACAUUCCUCCAAUUCCAACGUAAAUUCUCAAAAUUCUUUUGGUGAAACUCCUUUAACAACCGGCCCAUCCGGAUAUUCAGUUUCUUCAUCGAGAUCGAUACCUCCGCGAAAUCUUGAUCCCGCCACCCCUCAAAACACUCCGGCAAACAGUUCCUUUUCUUUUGAUUUGUAUGCAAAUCAGCCGAAUCAUUUUAUGCGAUUUGGAUCAACGUAUUAUAACAAGAAAGAUCAAGAAGUCUCGAACAGCCAGUACACUAACAGCCAGGAUAUUUUUAAGCAAGAAUCGUCCAAUCCUACUUUGGAUGUUUCAAAGGCACAGUCGUUUGUAUCUCCAGUAGUUAACACGUUCAAACCUAUUUCAGUAGAUAAAGUGAAAGAAAAAUUAGAACAUUUCUUGGCUGAGCAAAAAGAGGAAUCACCAUCCGGUACUUCGUCGGAAUUUUCUUCCGAAGUAGCCAAUAUCACACCACAAAAUGAAAAUGAGAUAAAGACUCUUAAUUUUAAUAAUAUAAUUCAACCGUCCGGUGAAUCGAAUGAGGAGUCAAAUAAAAUAAAAUCGAACGGCGAACCGUCGAACGCUAACUUGUCCAAAAGCGAUUCUUUAUCCGACAUACCUUUGAAUCAAAACUCCUUUGAUAUUACAGUCUCACUGGAAAAUCCCGAAGAUUUAAGGAAAACACAACGUAUUACAUUUGAUACUAAAACUAGUCAAUUAAAUUUAACUCCUCAACUACAACAAUCUAAUCAGACGCAAGCAUUGCCUAUUUUACCUUUGGACAAUAUUUUUCCGGAAAAAACAACGGAAACAGACAAACAUAUAAAUCCAAGAUCAAUUCAAGAAGAAUCUAAAUCAAACUCUACAUUCGUUGAUUUUUCGAACACAUUUAUCGAGCCAGCUGAGAAUACAACGAAUUAUUCUUUGUUUCAACCGCAGCAAAGUGAUAUUAAUACAAACUUCAAUCAAGUCUCAAACAUUGAAUUACAUAAAAAAGAAGAAUAUCCUUCCUUUAAUCAAUAUUCUACAAAUACUGUAUCCACAAUUCCUCAAUCAAUUUGGAACAAUAAUAAAAAUAUCCAAAUACAGAAUAACGAUUCAACACGUAACGAUCAACCUCCUCAAUUUUAUAAUCCUGCCCAGUUAAUGGCUGAGGCUUACAAAUAUCAAUAUCCUGCAAGUAUAUAUGUACCAACGACCAAUUCUGUAUUCAAUAGUCAAACGCACACGUUUGUUGCUCAAGCUUCGAAAUUGGAAGAAUCACGAAACAUUGUUUCUGAUAACGAUUUUAUCUAUGCACAACAUUCAUUUCCCAUGACAACAGCUGUACCCGAGCCUACAGGUUCUGCUACUCUUAGUCCAAUUCAAUUAUCGGCAAGUCCAUUCAGUGGUCAUACGACACCAGACGGUAUACCUUUGAGUCUUCAUACCUUGCCUACUGGUGUUUCAACCGGACGAAUGCAGUACAAAGUAAUAAAUCAUCACUGGUUCUAUCGUAAGGAGGUGGAAAAUAAAGUACUAUGGGUACCGUUUUCCACGGAGGAUAGCUCGCGAUUAGAAACUGUACACAAUUCUAGUGAGAUAACUACAGAAACUACAGUAGCUACCGAUGGUGGUCGCUAUGACGUAGAUAUUCUCAGACGUCGAAGAUCUCCUGUUUAUUGGUCAGGACCUUCGACAGAAGUGAGGCGAUGUUCUUGGUUUUACAAAGGACCUUCAGAAUCCAAAUAUAUCCCUUACGAUGAGAGCAUCGCCGCAAAACUCGAAGAAGAAUUUAAACAUGCUUGUAUUACGUCUUCUUGGAAUCGCCGAAUAGAUCUGAAUAAUGGAGAAUAUAUUAUAUUCCAUAGUGAAACUGUACACGUUCAUUAUUUACAAACCAAUUCUUCAGAUGCGAGUACCUCUUGGACUAAUCCUACUGAUUCAGAGGACGGUACAUAUUUACAGGGUGGAAGUAUUAGACAACGAAUGGUUAAAAGAGGUGUCAUUGAUUUUAAUAUAGACAAUGGUGAGCCAGAAAAAAUCGAUCAUCUUCUUUUCGUAGUUCAUGGUGUGGGAAGUGCUUGUGACUUGAAAUUUAGAAGCGUCGAAGAAGUUGUUGAUGAAUUCCGUAGUAUAUCAUUGCAAUUAGUACAGUCACAUUAUCAUACCGCUAGUAAACAUGGAAUCGUUAAUAGAAUAGAAGUUUUACCAAUUUCAUGGCACACAUCGUUACAUUCCGAUACUGGGAUUGAUAAAAAAUUAAAGGCCAUUACUUUAGAGAGUAUACCAAAGUUACGACAUUUUACAAACGAUACUUUGCUCGACGUACUUUUUUAUACUAGUCCGACAUAUUGUGAAACGAUCAUGCAAACGGUUGGAAAUGAGAUGAACAGACUAUACGCCUUAUUCAAAGAAAGAAAUCCAGACUUCGAUGGAGGAGUUUAUUUGGGUGGUCAUUCUUUGGGUAGUCUGAUAAUGUUCGAUUUAUUAUGUCAUCAAAAAUCUCCGGUGACAGAAGAGAAAGAAGAAGAAGAAGAAGAAGAUAGUGAAGUUAACGCCGGAAAGGAAAAUGAAAAUUUGGGUCCCAUACAGUCAUUGCAAGGGCAGAUUUUAAAAAGACGUCUCAGUAAGAAAAUCAGUUAUGUGAUCGGUAUUGCUGGAACUGGACAACCUUAUAUACAUUAUCCUCAAAUAAAUUUUCACCCACGUGCCUUUUUCGCUUUUGGUAGUCCAAUCGGUAUGUUCGUAACGAUUCGGGGCAUUGAUACGCUUGGAGAAAACUUUGCCUUACCUACUUGUCCAGCUUUCUUCCAUAUAUUCCAUCCAUUUGACCCGGUUGCCUAUAGAGUGGAAUCUCUUAUUAAUCCAGAAGCUUAUAAGUACCGACCGAUGUUAAUACCUCAUCAUAAAGGCAGGAAGAGAAUGCAUCUAGAAUUGAAAGAAACGAUGGCACGAGUGGGAGCUGAUCUCAAACAGAAACUUAUCGAUUCCGUCAGGAGUACGUGGAAUUCCUUUUAUCAGCUUGCCUUUCAUAAACCAGAUGAUGUUCUCGAGCGAGAAAUUGAUAGAGUCGUUGAGGAACAAUUAAAGCAAAUACCGAAUGAGUCAGAACAACCGAGUAACGAUGAUGGUGGAGCUGAUAUUAAAAUGGGAAAAUUGAACGGUGGUCGACGGAUAGAUUACGUUCUUCAAGAAGCACCGUUGGAAUGUAUCAACGAAUAUCUUUUUGCUUUAACAAGUCACGUUUGUUACUGGGAGUCUGAAGAUACAAUAUUGAUGAUAUUGAAAGAGAUUUAUGGAUCGAUGGGUAUACAAACUGACGCACAAUUGCCUCAACAAACUUUGACCAUUGAACGACCAUCGCUAUCUUCAUCCCCUUCAAUUUCCAGUUCUUUUAAAAGCGAUACGACAGUACCUGUAAUAGGCAUGGACUCUAAAAUACCUAUUUCCAACAUUGGACCACCCCCUAUAACUGGUUUUGUGAGGAAAUCGUGAUUAAUACCAAGUUAUCGUAUUUCGAGAUAUUUUAUUCAACCUAAACAGUAAAUUCUUUACAUGACGUUAGAUAAAUGAAUUUAUGAAUUAUCAAACGCGGGGUCAAUGUUGACGCCUAUAUCUGUUACUGAUAAGGAAUAUAGCAUCGAAACUGAAACACCGAAAGUGAUCAUCAUCAACGUAACGUGUCGAUAAUCAUCAAUCUAACAAUAAGCGUGUGUCAUAAAAAAUCAUAAAAAAUCAUUAAAAAUCAUAAAAAAUCAU